ACCCUUGCUCAAUUUUUGCCACCAUGGUCUCGAUCAGCCAAUCCGACUUGAACGCCCUCGAAGCGGCUUUGCUCAACACAUCUGGGAACGUGGCCCUCCACAGUCGCUUUCGCGCCCUGUUCACUCUUAAGUCUCUCAAAUCAGAAGAUGCUGUGAGGGUCAUCGCCGCUGGCUUCAAGGACGACUCGGCGCUUCUGAAACACGAGCUCGCGUACUGUCUGGGACAGAUGGGCAACACCUCUGCGCUGCCGACUCUGGAGGGGGUCCUGCGCGAUGGGAGUGAGGAUCCGAUGGUGCGCCAUGAAGCAGCCGAAGCGAUGGGCGCCAUCUCGGCGCCUGCGUCGCUCCCAGUGUUGCGCGAGUUUCUGGGCGACGCGAACCGGUCCGUGCGCGAGACGUGCGAGAUCGCGAUUGCGAAAAUCGAGUGGGACAACUCGGAAGAGGGCAAGCGGCACGCGGAGAGCGCUGUGGACGAUUCUGCUGCCCCGACGUACACGUCAAUCGACCCCGCCCCGCCGUCUUCGGGCUUUUUCGCUGGCGCGCGGGCACCUGCGUCGACGUUCUCAGACGCCGAGAACGUGAAGCGCAUCGCAGCUCAGCGGGCCAAUAUGCUCGACACGGAUCUACCGCUAUUCGAGCGCUACCGGGCCAUGUUCGCCCUGCGCAAUAUCGGCACGCCUGAUGCCGUCGAUGCGCUUGCGGCUGGGUUCGAGGACGACAGCGCGUUGUUCAAGCACGAAAUCGCGUUUGUGUUCGGGCAGCUGCUCUCCCCGCACUCGGUCCCGGCCCUCCUCUCCGUCCUCGAAAACUCGCGCGAAUCGGACAUGGUGCGCCACGAAGCGGCCGAGGCGCUGGGCGGGAUCGGCACGCCGGAGGUGCUGCCGCAUCUGAAGGAGUGGCAGGCGCGGCCCGAUGCACCGCUCGUGGUGAGGCAGAGCUGCGAAGUCGCGAUUGAUAUGUGGGAGCACGAAAACUCGGGGGAGUUCCAGUACGCCAAUGCGCUCAGCGCGCAGCCGGCUAUGUCUUCAGCAGCUUAGACAUGGCCUGUGUACGAUCUCAAGUGUAUAGUAGUAUGCGCGCGGGAAGAUGACCGUGGAUCUAAUCUAAUCCUCUUGCUCGUUUGUAAACUAAUCACGCGGCCGCUGAGUCCUUUCCGACCAUCGCAGCCACCAAGACCACCUCCGCCUCAAACACGCUCCCAACCAGCCCCUGGCCAAGCAAGAAUGCUCUGAACCGUGUCUCGCCCCAGCCCAGCAUCAACUUCAGCUGCGACACUUGCGUGACCCCGCUCUUCUCGAAGGCCGGCCAGCGGUGCGCAAGUCCCGGCUCGCAGGCGCGGAGGAAUGCCUCCAUCUCGGCACUCUCGGUAUCAGAAAUCGAGGGCGUCGGAGAUGACCUGCGGGCGGGCCGUGAUGGUGCUUGCUUGGGAUUCGGGCUUGGUGUAUCUGGCUGUGUGAAGGUCUUGGACGGGCCGCUGACACCGCUUGAUGGACUGCUGCUGCUGCUGCUGCUCGCGGCAGGCUUUUGCUUGGGCUGGAUGGCUUUCACGUUGCUCGGUGCUGCGUCGGCUUUCCUGAACAGCGGCCGGGGCAAGGGACGUUUGGGUGUCACGGAUUCGAUCUCUUUCUCCUUCUUCACAGGGACUGGACUUUGCUUUCUGGGAGACUUGAUUGAUUGAGAGACCGGCUGCGCGGUGUCUUUUGCGAUGGGGCUCGUGACUGCCAGCUGGUCCACCUCCUCGUCCUCGUCCGAUUCAGACUCGGACUCGACGCGAUUCCAUCUCGAAUGGGCAUUCGGAGAUUUCACACCACUGGCGGCCUUUUCCGUUUUGCCACGAGCAGGAGACGAGCAGUCUUUGCACUUCACCGCGGUCUGCGCGCAGCAAUCACUCGCUCGCUCGACGCACCGGCAGCCGUGUCGCGCAACUCACCAUCUUCCCGCUUUUCUCCAGAUACGACUUGGCGUACUUCUCGAGGCACCUCCGUCG